AUGGCGCAUGUCUGCGGCCGCUUCCACUGCGCCUUCACCGCCCCCGGCCUCGACGCGGCGCCGCCGCGGCUUCUUCGCGGCGCCGGCGGCUGGGAGGGCUGCGCGCUGCGGCGGCUGGUGGCGGAGUUCUCGCUGGGGGGCCUGGCGCACUUCGUGCGGUGCUGCCACAACGGGGUGGAGGCAGAGGUCCUGCGUGCCACGAACCACUCGAAGCACCUGGCGCUGGAGGUGCUGAACUUCUUCCCGCAGCCGGUGUGGGUGGCGAUCAGCGCAGAGCCGCUGACGCAAAGCUCAACGGCCACGCUGCGGGUGCAAACCUUUGCCCACAGCACCAGCUGCCUCGAAGCGCCAGCUGCAUCGCGGGCAGGGUCAGUGGUGCUUUGCUCCCUGACCUCUGAUCAUAUUGCGGACCUCCUGUAUUGCCCCGCCUUCAGCCGGACCGAGAUCGGGGAGCACGUCUUGCGGCUGCAUCAACCUGGGGACUUUCUUCACUUCCUUUUUGCUUCGUCCCUCUCAGUGGGUACUUCUGCUGUGGAAGGUCUCGCGGACUUGCAGUGCCGCAGCGAGGUGGGCAACGAGGUUCUGAUUCCAACCACCCGAAGCAGCCACUACCCCAUGGGCUCUUGGCAGCGGGAGCAACGGGGGCUGCCUGAGUCAGGUGAUGACAUCUAUUUGGAUGACGGCCCAGGCGGACUGGCCUUGCGCAACGUGGAAUCGCCUCAGGCGAUGGUCUUCGAGUUUCAGGAGGUGCUCUUCCACGGGAAGAUUGCUUUGUGA